AUGCUAGAUGAGUUUCCAGUCGAGCUCAAAUUGGAGCUGUUGAAGUCACACUUGCACCUGGCUUUCGUGAAUAAGGAAUGGUACCGUCUGAGCAAUCGUUUUUAUAGAGAUCAUUGCUUGAAAUUGAAGCCAGAAGCUUACUGGAAUCGAAUCCAGAACGGAAUUUGUCGUUAUAUUGAGAGUUUGGACAAUGAACGUGGCGCUGCUCGAAGGAUUAAUGCCAGAGAGGAUGUGGAUGAUGAGGACGAACGAAGUUACAUUCCUUUUAUGUCAGAUUCUUGGCAAAUCAUUUACAGCGUUCUGUUCCGGAAUCCAAGGUUCUUCGCCAUGGAUUGCGCAAGUCGCGAAAUAAACCUAUCGCAUGACGUUGUGACAGAGUAUUACUGCCCAAUGGAAUUAGAAAGUGGCAGAAAGUAUCCGUGCAAUCUUUGGUGCAAAAAAGUGACGAGAGGCGGAUUCUUUGGUGCCAUUCGGGUGGCUAUUUACGCACAGCCAGACGGUUCAGAACCCUUGCUGGUGCGAGAUUUACCAUCGAUGCUUGAUGACUGGUGUGAAUCUCCCGGGACGUACUGUCUAUACGGAGGUCACUUUGAGUUACCUGAAUCUGCUGCUUCGCUACAAGUGGUGCAUAUGGGUAUUUCCAUCACUAAUGCAACGAGUGUCGUUUUAGAGGCAGUGGAUACUACUCCUUUUCAAAGCACAAAGAGCUGGCUUCUGUUUAGUACGCGUGAGAUGGAAAUAUUCAAUCAGACCGAAAAGUUGCUAAGUGCAGAGCGAAUGCACUGGGACGAGAAAUUCGUAAAGACCGAGGAUGCCGAGCCUGCUAAAGAAAUUGGAUUCGAUUUUGUCUAUCGAUUUCCGAAGGACUUAGGGUCGCAUCAUAAUCUGAAAAGCGUCUGGUUCCCGCGUUUGAGAGACUGUGAUGUCGUUCAUGACUAG